AGAAUAAUGGCAGAUAUAGCAUCUGCCAUCAUCGCCGGAGUGUCACUGUUAGGAACCACUAUUGAACAGAUAUCCAGAAAUGUGGAAACAGAGAGAAAUGUUGCCAUUCAAAUCAGCACCUACAGCAAAAAAUAUAUUUUAAAGAAUCCAAGGGUCAUCACCACCUCUGGCUACACCCACAGCCCCCCACAGCCUACAGUCAGGAAAGAAACAAGGGAAUCUUGUUCUUUUACCAAAAGACCUCACACAGCCUGUGGCUCCGCAGGAGUCCUGACAUACGACAUCUGUGUCGAUAAUAAGAGCAAGGCCAUUAAAUGCCUGGCCAUCAUGUUCUCUGUUCCUUAUGACUACAAUCAGUAUGAGAACCGGUUUGCUCUGGGCCUUUUCGAUGCCAGCCAAUCCUGUGAUGAGUCUCUGUUCAACAUGAUGUACAAUGGCAAUGGUCCUUUCAUCAGAGAUAAGUGUUCAAGCAGUGAGCAAAAGUAUUCAGAACAAAAUUUUACUCUGAAGGGAACAAUGUCUCCCAGAGCCCAAGCCAUCCUUAAGAUGGAAUUUUGGUAUAAUGAUCCAUGCAGACAUUCCCAUUAAAACAAGCAAUUAGUUUAUGUGUCUGUGCAGAGUACACAUUCACUAUAUGGACAAUUGCAUUUGGACACAAGGUUUAUACCCACAUGAGCUUUUAUGACAUCCCAUUCUAAAUCCACAGGCAUUAGUAAUUAGUCCCCCUUUUUCCACUGUUCUGAGAAGCUAUCUAUAAGAUCUUGGAGUGUGUCUCAGAUCUUGGAAUUUGUGCCCAUUCAUCCAAAGAGGGUUUGUCAGGUCAAACACUGAUAUUGGACGAGACAGCCUGGCUUGCAAUCUCUGUUCUUGUUCAUCCCAAAUGUGUUUGAUGGGGUGGAGGUCAGGAAUCUUUACUGAUGCAUUAAGAUAACCUUCGCUGGAGCUAAGGGGCCUAAGCCAACCCUGAAAAACAACCCUAUAGCAUUAUCCCUCCUCCACCAAACUUUACAGUUGGCACAAUGGAGGUAAUGUUGCUUAGGCAUUUGCCAAACCUAGACUUGCCACUGGACAUUUUGGUCUUAGGCUUCUGUUUGGCUGCUCGGCCAUGGAAACCCAGGUCGGGAAGCUCCUAACACACUGUUCUUUUCCUGAUGUUGUCUACAGAGGCCAUUUGGAACUCUUUAGUGAGUGAUUCAACAGAGGAUAAGCACUGUGUGCCUUAGCACUUGG